ACUGCCAUCCCAUCUCCUGGGGUGGGGACUUGCUUCUCUUAUCAGCCCGCCCUCCUCGGUUACACACAGUCCUUUGAGGAGAAUUCCUGGCAAGAUAGAGCAGUGACAGUCAGCUCCGAGCCUGGGGUUUAUUAGACCGACAAAGAAUCUUUGGGGCUGUCUCAGAGACAGGUGAAGGGUGACCAAGCAGGGAAGAGCAGAAAUGACCCAAAGGGAGGAGGGGCGGGUGGCUAAAGAGUGUAUUUUGCGAUUGGAGAUCAGGGAGAGAGUAGACUAAAGCCAACAACAGCCACGAGACACGGGUCUGCGCUCUGUGAAAGAAAGCCCGGGCCUGGCAGUGACCCAGCGUCACCCUUCCUGAAGGUCUACGGAGGCACGGGUGCCCUGGAAGUCUCAUUCUGGAGACUGGAAGCUGAAGUGUGGGAGUCCAGGGAGCAGCUGAGAAGACCCCUCAAGCCACAGGGAAGCUCAGGGCUCACUUGGCCACCGAGGACCCAUAGGUGGCACCCCAGCCUCUCAAGGUCGAUCUGGGGCCAGCAGCAAGGGGACACAAGUCAGAGAGGAGACAAAGGUGCGUGCAGGCUCCUCAUGCCACCAGCUCUGUUGGUUUUCUCUUUGUUUCUGUUGCCCUUGAGCACUGAUCUCCAGGAUCCUUGCCUUGGCUGGUGACUGGAAAAGACAUCACUUCCAAGAACUGGAAAACCGAACCUCUGUCCUGUGCACACAGGACAAGCCCCUGCCAGCUCUUCCGCUGGAAGCCACCUCCUGGUCUUGGAGGUGUACGAGGUCCAUGGAAGUCCCUGUGUCCAAGGAGUUGUGCCUGAAUCACCCAGCAUCGGGAUCCUUGAUCACUACCACCGUGUGCCCUCUGGGUGCCCAGAAACUCCAGGAAGAAACUACACCACCCUCUGCUGGCAUCACCCUGGGCACACACAGAGUGUCCCUCCCAGCAGGCUUCAGGGCAGGCCAUGGCAGGCCCUAUGAUCCCCAGGGACAUGGAGAAGGAGAGUUCAGGGUACAGUGAGGCCCCAGAGAAGCUGGGCCUGUCCUUCUCCAUUGACGCUAUCCUGAGGAAGCCCACAGAGAGAAGAAAUGUGCCCAGACCACAAAGCAUAGGUGAAGAGGACUCCAGGCAGACAGCAACCCCAGGCUCCAAGCUGGAGCGGCACCCACAGGAUCAGCCCCAAGAGGAAAAAAGGAACAAGCGGAGAGUCCGCACUACCUUCACCACGGAGCAGCUCCAGGAACUGGAGAAGCUCUUCCGCUUUACCCACUACCCUGACAUCCACGUCCGGACCCAGCUGGCUUCCAGGAUCAACCUGCCCGAAGCUCGAGUGCAGAUCUGGUUCCAAAAUCAGAGAGCCAAGUGGAGGAAGCAGGAGAAAGUUGGAAGCCUCGGUGCAUCGCAGCAGCCUGGGGAAGCCAGGUCCUGUGCUGACACCCACUGCUCUGCCCAGGCUGAUGCCUCCCACAGGCUGCUACCUACUGUCUCAGACUCAGCUCACAUCCAGCUGGCUCCCUGCCCAGGUCACCCUUGUCCCAUGGCACCCGUGGGAUCUGCAGCCCUUGCCUGGCUCUCUCACCCAGCAGCCUUGUGUCCCUACGUUCCUUCUGCCGUCUCCACACCCCAAGUGGGGCAGCAUCUGUGCCACUUCCACAUAGGGACUGGUUGCUCUCUUCCCAAGCAAGCUACUCUCCUCUCUCAGUGACGCAGGCAGUUCUGAGCCUCAGAGAAAAACCACUCCACAAUCCAUCAACAGCUCCCAGCCCGGGCAGCUACCCAGAGCUUGCCACUGAAGACCGCACUGGCACGGCAGCAAAAGACAAUGCACAUCUUAGCAGCCGAAGUCAUUCUCCUAGUGCAGAAGCCUGGCCGCCUGAGGGCUGGGAGUGAACUCCAGAAUAAGCUGCUCUCCGUUCACCCCUGUGCUCCCUCUAAUGGCUGUGCCACCUCCAGCUGGCCACUCUCGGCCUCCGGGCCCCAUCUGUAGCACAGCAGCCAGACACAUUAUUUCUGAGGACGCUUUUCUCCCUUGCUUUGGGGAGAUGAGCCCUAGGGAACACCGUGGUACACACCCGUGCACCCAUCCACGCAUUCACCCGUGACGCCUGCACUGAAUACUAAACCCUGAGCUUUGUGCCCUUGGAAACAGACGUGGAGCUGAACAGAUCGGAUUCUGCCCAGCGCAGCUGAAAGGUGAUGCUGGCCUCUGCCUGCUGACAGGUGUCGGCAACCUUGCACUUGGCUCAUGGAAUGGGAGAAAAUAGAAGAAACGUUUCUAAUUUAAAACAGAA